CUGUAGCUUAUGUCUUGUCACAGCUAUGGCGUCGAGUGGAACACGGUCAGUGUUGCGCUAUGGAUCAGAACUAAGAUCCCAUAGGGAGGUGUUUCACUUCGCCAGCGUGAAAUUUACUUGCGCAGAUCUCGAACCCUUCCUGCUAGCUUCCUGAAUGACCCUCAAGGUUUCGAGGCACACUGUACAGAGCUUUGUCGCAGCAAUCGUCAUGGAGAUUACAUAUGGAUAUGAAAUGCAGUCAGAGAAUGAUCCGUAUGUCUCUGCUAUCGCGGAAUUACUCGCAAUCCUUGAAUGGGGACAUUCUCUUGAGAGAGCAGCGAUUCUCUUGGUAUUUCCUUUUCGUAUGUUGACGUCGAUUCCAUCAAGCGCAGCCGAAGCAGUUUCUAGAGUUGCAUAUAUCCCUACAUGGUUUCCGGGUGCGCACUUCACGCGUGAUGCGUUGUAUCCAAGACAGUUGGCCCAAAGGGUGCUUAAUGAGCCUUUCAACUUUACGAAAUCAGAAAUCGUGACUAAUCUCACAAGUCGGAAUGUUGCAGCUAUGGACGAAGAAAAUCAUGAAAAUCGGGAGUCCGUGAUUAAGGCGGCCGCGGCGACGGUCUUCAUGGGUGAGGGCAUCGGACUCUUCCUUCCAUUGGGUUCAAAUAUUUUACUUGUCGUUCAUACAGCUGGAUUCGAAACGAGCUCUUCGAUGUUGCACGCAUUGAUUCUCGCCAUGACUCUCUACCCAAACGUUCAGGCCAAAGCACAGGUCGGAAUUGACACCAUCCAACGGAUCUCACUGGCUCCAGCAGGGGCAUGUGUGAUCCUCAAUGUCUGGGCGAUGAGCCGAGAUGAGGAAAAGUAUCCAGAUCCAGACGAAUUCAGACCUGAGAGGCAUUUUGCUCCAGACGGGUCACUGCUUUCUGAUUUAAUCAUGAAUAACCCUCUGUUCGGCUUAGGCCGACGAAUUUAUCCAGGACGGUUUGCUGCAGAAUCGAUGGCGUGGGCUGCCAUUGUUUCUAUCCUUGCAACAAUUGGUACGGAGAAGGCGAGAGGCGUCGACGGCCGUGAGAUUGAUGUGAAGAAACAGUUUACAACUGGGAUGUCGAUGUUCGUCAAUGGUGGCAUUUCCGGUUUGCUCAUUCAUAUUUUAGACAUCCUGCCCCUUUCCGCUGUGCAUUUGUAUGUCGUUCUGCAGAAAAGGAGAAUAUGGUCAGAGAAGGCACCUGAGCAAACCCUGACUGGAUGA